AUGCUUUCAACACUGACUGAUAUGCCUGAAGACGUCAUCAGAGUGAUUCUUAGAGAUUCUGAUUUUCGAUCUGUUCACUCCCUACGAAAAGUAUGUUAUUAUCUUCGAAACUGCAUUGAUUACAUCAUACCAGAAGCCGAUUUGAAUACUCUGGAAAUCUAUGGACAGCCAGAGAAAAUUUACAUUUUUUAUGAAUUCGGCAAAGAUAUUGAGACUAUUGAGUAUCAGAAACAUGAGAAAGGAUGUUGGGUUAUUCAGGAUGACAAGGAGAAAUUCUUCGAAAAGGAACGUUUUAUUGAUGUAUUUUUGAAUGAUUUGACUUUGAUUUUAAAAUUUCAAAGCACUAAAUUGAAGAAGUUUUGUCUGCGAUUGGAUGAUAUUGGAGAGGAAAUCAAGGGGGAAGUUGUGAAUAAUCUUUCUGAAAUGUUGAAGUCUCGGAAAAACAAACUGAAAAUUCAAGAAUUGAAUUUCGACUCAUUCGAUGAAUCGAAUCUUUUGAAAGUUCUAUUACUUUCGGAUUGUGAAUCGUUGAAAACAAUUGAAAUUUGUGCUACGGAUCCAUUUUCUGAUCCCCCUGAAGUCUUGAAAAUCGACAAGUUGGAAACACUGGAGCACUGGAAAAAUUUAAAGGAAAUCAUAAUUGGAAAAUACGUGGUAGAGAGAACAAUUCAAGAUUUCAGUGGUUAUUCUAGAGUCUUUGUGAAUGUCCAAUUGAUAACAUUUGUGGAUUUGAUGAAUGUCAAAAAGACAUUAUCAACCUCUCCCAACUUCGAAAUCCUUAAUUUCCACUACUGUCAGUUCAACGACCAGCGUCAAUUUUCGAUAGAAUUCGGUCCUCCAUGGAUUGGAGAUCAAGACCCGUAUGUAAACUGUUUAAAAUGGUUUAUACGGAUUCCAAAUGCUUUGGAUGUGUUGGAAAUCAGCCAUUUCUCAAGAAAAAAUAUAUUCAGAUUCAAGAAAAUUCGAGCUGAAAGAGUCUGGUGGGAAGCGACUGUACAGGACUAA